GAUACAAAAUUGUGAAUGAGAAUAUGGAAGUCUCUGCAAGUAUAGAAAAGAAAAAUAUUGUUAUGCGACUCUAUUUCUUCUGGAAACAAAGAAAGGGAAAAAAAAGAGAAAGGGAGAGAAAAGUCAAUUAUGAUGUGUUGGUUAGAUACAACAGCACAAGUUGUAGAAACAGAGAGAGGUCGCCAGCCUUGAAGCACAAGUUGUAGGCAUCUUCCGUAGUUCUGUUUCGUCUCAAAUCGAUCAUCAAAAAUAUAGUACUUAGGUGAAAUAGCCUCUGUGUUUCGUUUUUGAUUGUUGAAGCUUUACUCUUCAGUUGCUUCUGAUUCGCGGAGAGGCAAAAUGGGACAAGCCUUUCGCAAGCUGUUCGAUACUUUCUUCGGGAAUUCUGAGAUGAGGGUUGUAAUGCUUGGACUUGAUGCAGCUGGAAAAACAACUAUAUUAUACAAACUGCACAUAGGAGAAGUUCUAUCAACAGUUCCUACCAUCGGUUUCAAUGUGGAAAAAGUGCAGUACAAAAAUGUAAUUUUUACUGUGUGGGAUGUUGGUGGACAAGAGAAAUUAAGGCCACUCUGGAGGCAUUACUUCAAUUACACAGAUGGACUGAUUUAUGUCGUCGACUCGUUGGAUCGAGAGAGGAUUGGAAAGGCAAAACUAGAAUUUCAGGCCAUCAUCAGAGAUCCAUUUAUGCUUAAUGCAAUCAUCUUGGUUUUUGCUAACAAACAAGAUAUGAAAGGAGCAAUGACACCAAUGGAAGUGUGUGAAGGUCUUGGUCUCUAUGAGCUUAAAAACCGAAAAUGGCAUAUACAAGGUACAUGUGCUCUUAGAGGGGAUGGCCUAUACGAGGGAUUGGACUGGUUAGCCAGCACUUUAAAAGAACACAAGGCCGUCGGAUACUCUUCAAUAGGCCCUUCAUCCUUCUGAGUGAUCAGGCUUACUAAAGAACUUGAUCCUCUUUUUUCGAGGGGCAUCACUAAAUAUCCAGUUGUUUAUAAAUUGGAGGAUCAUGAACUCGUGAUGAUAGUUUUUACCCUUCUCUUCUUAGGUCUGUGUUUUUUAAUGCUAGUGGAGAAGACAAGGCACUUGUUUCCUGGCCUAGUGUGAUUCUUUAUCUUUGAUUCUGUUGUAUAUUUGAAACUGGGCCUUACUGUUUAUGUUAACCUGACACUACGAAUGCUUCUGUUGUAUACUUCCAUGUGAAUAUGGUUGUGACUAAUCAUCUAGACUACAGAAGACUAACACGAGAUUUUCUUGCUCCAUCCUUGUGCCAUUUUCGAGUUAAAUUUCUUUUAACGCAAAUUGUUUCAUAUUUGUUAAAGUUGGGGUGCAAGGCGAACAGUAAGCUCUGGAGAAAGAAGAGCAAUGCCAAUGUUAUU